AGGUAUGGCAGCUUAGACGUUCGCCGCAAAAACGCCACACGCGAGUCGACGAGCACGCUGAAAGCCUGGCUCUACGAACACAUCAAGAAUCCCUACCCAACCAAAGGAGAGAAAAUUAUGCUGGCCAUCAUCACUAAGAUGACACUCACUCAGGUUUCAACGUGGUUCGCCAAUGCGAGGCGACGUUUGAAGAAGGAGAACAAGAUGCAGUGGUCCCCGAGAAACAGAACUGGUGAAGAUGACGACGACGAC